UCCAUGACAGAACGAAUGUGGUAGUGAUAGGUAUUUGUAAAUACUCUCGCUUUGCUAUUUCGAGUGAAAUUUCCCAUGAGGAUUGUGACAUGUGUUCAUGAUGGUAGAGUAGAGUAGGGUAGUGGAAAUGUCUGAAAUAAAUACAUCUCUAUUUUAAAAUGUACUUUCUAUAUUCAUAUUUACGAAGGAUGCACCCAACUAUAUGCAUUUCGGAAGAAUAAAGCAUCCUAACCUACAACGGCCUGCUGUAGUUAUAUUUUGGAAACUCAGUGUAUGGUGUUCCUGUGAAAGCCCUUUUUGUAGUGUAAAUAUAAUUUUAGUUAUAGUUCGACCAGCCACCCAGUCAACAUUAAAAUGAGAUCAGUCAUAGCUUGCAUACGAAAUAUUGUAAUAAAUCCUGUGGGCACAACCAUUUUACAAGGGUUGCCCGUGCAAUCAUGCAGAACAUUCUGUACCACACAGUUGGAGAGUAUAAAUGGUAGAUUGAACAGUAGAUGCAUACUAGAUCAAGCGCAGAAUGGCACAUCAUGGAGUUCAGAAAAAUUACCCUCAGUGGAAGUUGAAAAUGAAUGUGUAAACUUAGAACAGAACAAGGAAGUAGAUGCAGAAAGAAAGGAGGACACUUCAAUAAUAGAACCAUGUAAUGAAGAUAUAUCAACUGUAGCACCAUACUUUCGACCUUCAUUCAAUUUUGCUGCUUAUGUUAACAACUCCCCAACACUCCAAGAAUUAGUUAAACUCGGUGUCAAUCUGCAUAGUCUUGAGAAAAAGAAAGGUGUACCUGAAUUUAUUCUACAGCUGGAGUUCAAUAAAAACAUGAAGGAGCAUAUUAGAUUUCUACAUGCUUUGGGUGUUCCAUCAGAUGAACUUGGACACUUCAUAACUAUAAAUCCAUGGAUAUUUAAGGAAGAUCUGGAUGAUCUUCAAGUUCGUGUUAACUACCUCCAAUCAAAGAAAUUUUUAGCAGAUAUGAUAACAAGGAUAGUAAGAAAAAAUCCACGUUGGUUGGUGUUCAGCACUGGAGAGAUUGAUCAAAGAUUAGGCCAUUUUCAGAAGACUUUCAAGUUAACUGGUGAUGAAGUCCGAUAUCUCACAUUAAAACGGCCAAAACUUAUUACAUAUGACAUGACUCAUAUUAAGCUGAAUACAUUUUCACUAAAAGAAGAAAUGGGGUUUAGUGAUGAUGAAUUGAGAAGUUUGCUGCUACAGGCACCAAAAUUAUGGAUGAAGAGUAACAAACCGCUUCUGUCAGUGUUUGAUUAUGCACAUAAUAUCAUGAAGUUGACACACCAACAGAUUGUUAAUUUUCCACAAAUUCUCAGGACUAGAACAUUUCGUCUUAAACAGCGUCACCUGUUCUUGGAGCUUUUGGGUCGAGCACAGUAUAAUCCAAAUUUAGAAGGCUACAUUUCACCUAAAGCUAUAGUUUCUGGCACAGAUUCGGAAUUUUGUCAAACUGUGGCCAAAUCGUCAGUUGAAGCUUUCAAUAUAUUUCUUAAAUCAAUUUAAAGAGGAAAGAAUCUGGUAAAUUAAUUACAUUAAGAGAACAGUCUUUGGGCAUAUGAGGCCAUGUGGUCCAGCAGAGAGGUACCAACAUUUUGGAGGAAACAGCUGCCUCAUCUUCAGGCUAGAAGAACUUCUUUCAUAAGAUCAUAAUCUUAAUAUUCACCACUGUGAGACCUUCAAAUCUAACAAGUAAUUACAUUUUAGGGGAAACAGGACUUUUACAUAGAAGAACCAGCAGGACCCAAGAACUUUGAAUCAUGGAGCAGACAUAUAAAUCAGGAAAUUAACCUGUCAAAAGAAACAUAUUUUGCUAUGGAAGUUUUCAGUAUUGCCACAUUAAUAAUGUGCCAUAUGAAGUCUAAACUUAGGAAGCAUUAAAUCAGCUUAUGAAAUGUACAGAUGAUGAUAAGAUGUGGAUGCAAUUAUAUAUGGUUUUUUGUU